AUGGCCACGCCAACAACAGAAGAAAACAUCUCACGUGGUUUUCACAUGCACGACACGGUCACGGUCACGGACGAAGACGAAGAUGUACUUGAUGAGAAUCGAGGAGGAGGAGGAGAAGAUGAAGAAGAAGAAGAGCAAGCAGUGAAGAAUUCUUCAGGUAUUAGUCGAGUUGUGGACCCAAGAGAAAAAUGGGUGCAAGAAUGGAACAAAGUGUUUUUGCUAGUAUGCGGAGCAGGGUUGUUUGUGGACCCACUGUUCUUCUACGCCCUUUCCAUCAGCGACUCGUUUAUGUGCCUUUUCAUCGACGGCUGGUUCGCCGUCACUGUAACGGUGCUCCGUUGCAUGACCGACGCCUUCCACCUCUGGCAUAUCUUCCUCCGCUUUAAGAUGGCAAAACGCAGCUCAUUCGUUUUCUCCCGAGAUUCUGCCGGAGCUGAUCCCCGCUGCUCCGUCGCUCUUGCUUAUCUUAAGUCCCGCCGCGGCUUCUUCUUUGAUCUCUUCGUUAUUCUUCCUAUACCUCAGAUUGUGCUUUGGGUGGCAAUCCCUGCUCUGUUGGAGCAAGGUUCAGUUACGUUGGUGAUGACAAUAUUAUUAAUUGUAUUUCUGUUCCAAUAUCUUCCCAAAAUUUAUCAUUCAGUAUGCCAUCUGAGACGCACACAAAACCUGUCUGGCUACAUUUUUGGAACUGUUUGGUGGGGUAUUGCUCUUAACAUGAUCGCCUACUUUGUAGCUUCCCAUGCUGCAGGGGCAUGUUGGUACUUGUUGGGGAUCCAAAGAGCAACGAAAUGUCUGAAAGAGCAAUGUCUGAAAACAAAUGGUUGUGGCAUAAAAAUAUUGUCUUGUCAUAAGCCAAUAUAUUAUGGAAGUGCAAGUUUGUUGAAUAAAGACAUUGGAAGAAUGUGGUGGGCAGAGAACAGGGAAGCAAGGUCUACAUGCAUAAAUGGUCCAGAUAACUUCAACUAUGGAGCUUAUAAAUGGACUGUUCAACUUGUCACUAAUGAUAACAGACUUGAAAAGAUUCUUUUUCCUAUCUUUUGGGGCCUAAUGACUCUCAGCACUUUCGGGAACCUAGAAAGCACAACGGACUGGCUAGAAGUAGUUUUCAAUAUCUUAGUCUUGACCAGUGGCCUUCUUCUUGUGACUAUGUUGAUAGGAAACAUCAAGGUGUUUUUGCAUGCAACAACAUCUAAGAAACAAGUGAUGCAAUUGAAGAUGAGAAAUGUUGAAUGGUGGAUGAGGAAAAAACACUUGCCGCAGGGGUUUCGACAACGUGUACGUAACUAUGAAAGACAACGUUGGGCUGCUAUGCGUGGGGUUGAUGAAUGUGAAAUGACAAAAAAUCUUCCUGAAGGUUUAAGAAGAGACAUCAAAUAUCAUCUUUGUUUGGAUUUGGUCAGACAGGUGCCAUUGUUUCAACAUAUGGACGAGCUGGUUCUAGAGAAUAUAUGUGACCGAGUCAAAUCUCUCAUAUUCACCAAGGGAGAAACAAUAGCAAGAGAAGGAGACCCAGUUCAAAGAAUGCUAUUUGUGGUGAGGGGUCACCUUCAAAGUAGCCAAGUAUUAAGAGACGGGUUAAAAAGCUGCUGCAUGUUAGGACCAGGAAAUUUCAGUGGUGAUGAGCUUCUUUCAUGGUGUUUGAGAAGACCCUUCAUAGAGCGACUUCCACUGUCAACAUCAACACUUGUCACACUUGAAACAACAGAGGCUUUUGGUCUUGAAGCAGAAGAUGUCAAGUAUGUCACACAACAUUUCAGAUACACUUUUGUGAAGGAAAAGGUCAAAAGAAGUGCUAGGUAUUACUCACCAGGGUGGAGAACUUGGGGUGCUGUUGCCAUUCAGUUGGCAUGGAGAAGGUACAGACAUAGGUUGACAUUGAACUCAUUGUCUUUUAUAAGACCUAGGAGACCCUUGUCAAGAUGCUCUUCCUUGGGAGAGGAUAGACUUCGACUCUACACAGCUUUAUUAACUUCACCAAAGCCUAAUCAGGAUGAUUUUGAUUUUUGA